AGAGGGUAACUUUUAAGAUAACCUCAAACGUCCUUCGUAAGAGCAUCUUAGGAUGUAGAUGCCCAAACAUUUUAUAUUAUAGCACAAAAAAAAGGGCAAUCCAAAUACAUAUUCUAUGAGAAUCUUGGAUUUUCACGAAACAUCCCCUUAAUGUUUAUGCUCUUCAAAAUAUUUUCACUUUUAAGUUUGAUCUUAGGUAGUGUAGAAGAAAAUAAUAAAGUUUCAGUCGCCAUAUCUUUUCUUAGUUCCUUUUAUCCCAUCUUUGUUUCUAAAUGAUAUCAUUUGUAGGUCCAUUCGAAAAAAUUUCUAGAACUUCCAAUACUACAAGACUAUAUAGUACCACCUUUGUUCAUACUAUUGUUUUAUCUUCAUAAAUAUUCUUUUAAUAGAAGCAUACUCCACUUCAUUUUCAAAGAAUGUUGACGUGACAACUACUUAAUAGACGAUAGUAUAAAAGAUUUUUUCGAUAAAUUCAAAGAGAGUAAUCUCGAGUUUGUUCCUACAUGAUGUCUAAAUACCAUGUGUUCUCCAAACAAUUGCAAGCUUCUGGUUCUAGGUUUUGAUAAGGCUAAUCAUCUAUCCUAUCCUAAGCAAUUAGUCACUAUAGCCAACAUAGCUAAAAUAAUGUAACAGUCACAAACUACUAGAUAUAUACAAAAAGAAAUUAAAAAUGUUUUAAACUGUCUAAUGAAAGCGUGGCACCUGGCAACAAACUCAUCAAAUAAUAGUGACUUAAUUUCUAUGCUGUCAAUGUCAAAAAUAUAUGUAUGGGCACUAAGUGAGGCAAAGUGGAUAUUACAAGAGCCUCAUUAAUUUAAAACGAGACUAAUCAAAAGAAUCUAUGUCGUAUCUCUCUUUCUAUCAAAAAAAUAAAACAUUUAAGGACAAAAUAAAGAGAGCCACUUAUUCAUUUAACUACAAAUUAUCAGAAAAUAACAUCUAAAGCAAAAGAGCCUAACUUUUAUCCUUUCAGAUACAAACACAAAUCCCUUUAUUAUUUGUUUGUUUAUUUGAAAUCCUUAGGAGGAGUAAAGAAAUAGAAUUUAAUUAAAGUCCAUCUUACAUCCCAAAGAGUGUGAUGAAUACUGUAAAAAGAAAAGGAGGAAAAAAAAAGAUUUUUGGACAUUUGGGUGACCCCACAUUUCUCUCUCUAAAUCUCAACCGUUGAACCCAUUCUUCCCUUUCUCUAUUUAUACACACUUCCUAUUUUGUUUAGAGUCUCAAGACUUGUGUCUUUCUUCUGCAACUAUUAUCAUCAGCAUUACUUCACCAACUUCCCCCUAUCUGCUUUGCUCUCUUUGCUAAAUAUAUUUCAACAUAUCAUUUACCAAUGGCUUGCUUGGAGAUUUGUAAUGAGAAUUUGCAGGGUGGGGAGACAAAAGAAGAGAGGGAAAUUUGUACUCUUGAUGGGACUAUUGACUGGCAUGGCCAGCCAGCAAUCAGAUCAAAAUCUGGAGGAUGGGUUGCGGGAAUCAUCAUACUCUUGAAUCAAGGUCUUGCAACUCUUGCGUUCUUUGGGGUUGGUGUGAACUUGGUGCUGUUCCUGACAAGGGUUUUGCAGCAAAACAAUGCCGAUGCGGCCAACAGUGUGAGCAAAUGGACCGGGACAGUGUACAUCUUCUCUCUUGUUGGGGCUUUCCUCAGUGAUUCAUACUGGGGAAGGUACAAAACUUGUGCCAUUUUUCAGAUCAUCUUUGUCAUUGGCCUGGUUUCACUUUCCAUAACAUCACAGCUCUUCCUGAUCAAACCAAAAGGUUGUGGGGAUGAGGAUACUCCAUGCGAGUCACAUUCAAAAUUGGGGAAUGCAUUGUUUUACCUCUCCAUUUACCUUACUGCACUGGGAAACGGGGGAUAUCAACCAAAUAUCGCCACAUUUGGAGCAGACCAAUUUGAUGAAGAGGACUCCACAGAGGGGCACUCAAAAGUGGCAUUCUUUAGCUACUUUUACUUGGCGCUUAACUUGGGUUCUCUCUUCUCAAACACCAUUUUAGGGUACUUUGAAGAUGUAGGAGUGUGGGCUUUGGGCUUCUGGGUGUCAACUGGCUCAGCUUUUGCAGCAUUGUUGUUGUUUCUUUGUGGAACCCCAAGGUACAGGCACUUCAAGCCAAGUGGUAACCCUCUCUCAAGAUUCUGCCAAGUCAUUGUUGCUGCAGCUAAGAAAUCAACGGUCAAGAUGCCACCGAGUGAAGAUGACCUAUACAGUGUUGAUGCUAAGGAGGACUGUUCAAUGAAUCGCGGUAGGAAGAUACUUCACACCCAUGGAUUCAAGUUUCUGGAUAGGGCAGCAUAUAUCUCAUCAAGAGAUUUAGAUGACCAAGGCCGAGGAAUUGACAAUCCUUGGCGCCUCUGUCCGAUCACACAAGUGGAAGAGGUCAAGUGCAUUUUAAGAUUACUACCUAUUUGGCUCUGCACCAUAAUCUACUCUGUGGUCUUCACUCAAAUGGCUUCCCUCUUUGUGGAGCAAGGCGCUGCCAUGAAAACUAUUGUUUCAAACUUCCAUAUCCCACCUGCAAGCAUGUCCAGCUUUGACAUUCUCAGUGUGGCAUUUUUCAUUUUUCUUUACCGACGAGUCCUAGAACCACUUGCAGGAAAACUCAGAAAGUCGGAUUCUAAAGGGCUUACUGAGCUCCAGAGAAUGGGAAUCGGUCUCAUCAUAGCAGUGAUGGCAAUGGUUUCAGCAGGAAUUGUAGAGUGUUAUAGGCUAAAGUACGCCAAAGGUGACUGCACACACUGUGAAGGCUCAAGCUCCUUGAGCAUCUUUUGGCAGGUUCCACAGUAUGCAUUUAUAGGAGCUUCCGAGGUUUUCAUGUACGUGGGACAAUUGGAGUUUUUCAAUGCACAAACCCCAGAUGGAUUGAAAAGCUUUGGUAGUGCACUUUGUAUGACAUCAAUCUCUUUGGGAAAUUAUGUCAGUAGCCUUCUGGUCACUAUGGUUAUGAAAAUAUCAACAGAGGACCACAUGCCAGGAUGGAUUCCAGGAAACCUGAAUAGAGGUCAUCUAGAUAGAUUUUACUUCCUCCUAGCUGGAUUGACUGCAAUCGACUUUGCAGUGUAUAUUAUGUGUGCUAAAUGGUAUAAAUGUAUCAAAUUGGAGGGCAAGUGUCAAGAAAAUGAAGACCCAGGGCACAUCAAGGUCUGAUUUGAAGAAAUAUAAACAAAACCAAGACUUGUUUGAUGAAUAUUCUAUCAGUUUGUGUAAGAAUAAAAGGAAUGGGGCCUAAAGAGUCAGAAACCUAUUCUUGGCUCAACUCUUUAUGCCCAACCCUUUCCCUUUUCUACAACAUCUGAUCAAAUAAUUUCAAGCCAUGUUACUGAAAGAGAAAGGGUGGGGUGUUCCGCAGAUUUCUUGUCCAAGACCUUCCAUUUCCGCACCUGGUAAAUUUCUUCCCUUUAUUCAUUAAAGGACUUUCGACUUUUUUUUUCCUUCUCCUCUUUUGUUUUUCCUUUCUAUGUGGGGAAGCGUGGGGAAGCUAGUAUGUACGAUCACUGAGCCAACUUUUUCCUAUCUAUCAAGUUGUGGAUGAAAAUGAUUCUGUCCUUUGUCUUCUGAAAUUGGUAUGGCGGGGAGAAAAAAAAAAAGAUCAAGAGAAGGAACGUAACUGUAUUUUCCUACGCUUUGGCCUUGUUUGUGGUCAUUUUUGUAUCUCAUCGCAUGUCCUCAAUUCAAUGCCCAUGGACUGGUGUGACAUUUGAUUAAUACAUACGGUGGUAUGGGAAAGA